GUUUUUGUGUUUUAGGUGUUUUGAUUAUGCAUGGAUGGAUUGCUUUGUUCAGAAAAAGUUAACUGAAUGGCAGCUUCCAGAACUUGUCAAUAGUUUUGAAGAACAGGCAAUUGAUGAGGAGAGUUUUUUGCUUUUAGAUGAGGGGACCAUUAAAUGCCUAAUUCCAAAGAUCGGUCUUAGGCUGAAGUUCCUGAAAUACUACAAAGAAUUUAAAGAAAAUGUUGUGCCCUCCAUUGCCCCAAUUACAAGCCCAAAUGAGCCACCAACUCCCACACCUCCUUGCCAAAGAGAAGAUGAUGCAACAAUGCUGGAUCCGGAUACGCCUAUUGUUUUGCAUGUCAUCCCAUUUUUUGAUGUCCACACAAUCCUCAACAACUCAUAUGAAGGCAGGUUGAUUGUUGAGAGUCUUGAUAAGGACAAUUUUGUCACCAUUAAACAGAGACGUUGCAUGAUCAGAAUUUUAGUGUCAUACCUAAUUGAGAAAUUUGGAGAAACACCAAGCUCGGACACAAAAAAGGGUCUAGCAUCUGCCUUGGUACAAGCAUUCCCCUGUCUGCACGAUAAAACUGCCUGUGGUUAUGAAACAUGGUAUGCCCAAUGCCGAAAUAAUAGACCAGCCACUGGGUUUAUUGAAGAGAGACUGAGGAACAUACGAAAGCGACUGAGGCGUUUGAGACGACCACAAGGAGAGAAAGAAGAUGCACCAUGCAGGACAGUCAUGCCAGUAGAAUCAACCAUAUCUGAAGAGAGAGCUGAGGAAAUUAAACAAUGACUGAGAAACAACACACAGCCCAUCAGCCAGGUGGAACAGUACAUGCGAGAAACUGCCUUGUACAGAGCACAGUGGAUAAGGGCAAACAACUCAAAAAAUAUGUUUGAGGUCCUCCACGAGUUUCCUCGGCUAACUACCCCAGGCAUGAUUGCACAGGACUUUCACAUUUUACAUCAAGAUGCAGCCCCAAAACUGUUUGAAAAAUGGCUUCCCUGGUAUACUGACAGGAUCUUGCUUUUUGCGAAGCGAGAAGCAAAGCUUCCAUGUACAGCUGAAGAAAUGACAGAAGAUGCAAAGGGAAAUCUUGCACUAAAGCUGUUACCUGUUUUGCUUCCACCUCCACCCUACAAAAUUGGCAGAAAAACAGUCCGGCCCAGCAUUGAUGAAAGCAAAAAAGCUUUCAUUGACAUUCAGCCUGUUGGAACAAAUAUGGUCGAGUACCUCCAGCAGGCUGAAGCAUCAAGACCUUACCCUCAUGUCCUGUCACUUGAAAAUGGACACAUUGAUUCACAGGCAUUUGUCAUUCUCGCAGGAGAAGCUUUGGAGCAAAGCACUCUCAUUGGGGCAGUAGAUGUAUGCUUCAAAUCGUUUUAUGUUUUUGAUGUAAACUACCCAAAACAGUGUUUCUAUAGUUGGGAGUUUAUUCAAAAUAUUUUUGAGUUGGAGGGAAGUGAAUCCCCAACAGUAAAAUUUUUGCACUCAGCACUACAUUCUUGCAAGUAGAUUAUAAGAGGUUCUUUGAACAAACAGUGGUUCAAGAACACGAUGUAGCAUUUUAGUUUAAAUUUUAUUUGCACAUGAGAUUUUUGUUGUUGUUCAGUUUUUUUGUAUAAACAACUGUUUUAUUGCUUGAGGAAGCUUAUUACUUUAUGUGCACAUACUGAUGAUUAUCAAAUACAAUUUUAUGUAGAAAUGUUUUACUGCCAAUACGUUGUAUUUCAUAGAUUUAUUUUUGUGUUCAUUUUGUAGACUAAAAACAACAGGUCCAUAAUGUAGACUUAAAACAAGUAUGCUUUGUAACAAACAGUUGUUCUUGAGGUAAAGUA